AUGAAUCCCAUUGAGGCCAAAAGAAUUGCCUUAGAGGAGCUUGAAGUUAUUGAAAAGGCGAUUGCCGAUAGGAUCGGUAGAAAUCCAGCUCUUUUUUACGAUUAUUUUGACGAACUUAAAGCCAUAGAAGGCGAAAAGGCAAUCGAUGUACCUGUGACGAAAGCGCAAGCAACUCAGAAUCGUAUAUGGAAAAUAUCAAAGCCUAGACGGUCGAAAAAGCAGGUGGCACUCCAGCAGCAUGAGAUUAAGAGCUUUUUGGACAGGUAUAAUGAAACAAGUCACUUUAUAGAUGGCACAACAGGAGAAGAUGUGAGCGACUUUGAAGAUCCUCACGGCACUUUUGCAGCCUUGGAAGGCUCUAUUGAAACACUUAAGUCUCGGUUCCAAGGGACUGAAAAUUCUGACUCAGAACAGUCCACAAUCCUUUCGCGACAAUACAGCAUGUUUUCGGCCUCGACAGAAGAAUAUAAAAACAUUCUUUCAAUGAAGUCGCACUUCCUAGACAUUAACGAAAUUUUCAGCAGAGAAGAGCAGUAUGGGGAAACUUUGAGUCUAGAGAACUAUUAUCAGCAAUGGAUGGGCAUUGCGUCAGACAGCUCAACGUCAUUUCUGCAAUUUAUCAAGAUCGUGGAAAAUUUCAAAGACGAAGCCUUUCUGAUCUCGCCAUCGGUAGAUCGGAAUGCGAAAAAGUAUAUUGAGUUCUUAAAGUCGUUUUCGAUCUACAUUACCAGCUUUUUCUACCGCGUCUAUCCUUGGAUGAAUAAGGAAGUUCUCGAAGAUGAGAUUACAUCUUCGUUCCCCAAAUAUCUUGGAUCGCCAAUUGCAUCUUCUAACGGUCUUACAUUUUGCAUUCCCUGUGGAAAGACGUUCAAAACCGAAUCAGUAUACGGAAACCAUUUGUUGGGGCGAAAACAUCAGAAAAGCUUAAACGGCCGGAAGGACAAGCUUCUUCUCGAAUACAGAGUGCAUAAAUAUGUGGGCUAUUUAAAAAACCAUGUUGAGGAUACGAGAAAUUUUAUUGAGCGCCAACUAGCUUUCACCGCAGAGGAAAGGGCUCAAGAGAUGGAGCGCAUAUCUGACCUGUAUCAAGCACCAGCCUUUGGCGACGAAGAAAAAGAACACCUCCCGAGUCAGCAAGAUGAGGAAAGCUCAAUGACGCCCCCUCCGACAGAAAAUUCCCUUGACAUGCCUUUAGGACCUGAUGGCUUCCCGAUUCCCCAUUGGCUUUACAAAUUGCAGGGGCUUAAUAUCGAGUAUGCUUGUGAAAUAUGCGGCAAUCAUGUUUAUAGAGGCCGGCGACGUUAUGAAAAGCACUUUACUGAAGCUAGGCACGUUUACGGCCUAAAGAUGUUAGGCAUAGAAGCCGCCCCUUCCUUCCAAGGCAUAUCGAGUAUUGAGGAAGCUACUGAAUUGUGGAAGACAAUACGUAACAAAAAGACUUCAUCCAAAGCCAAACUCGAGGUGGAAAUUGAAGACGAAGAUGGAAAUGUUAUGACUGAGAGAGUUUAUCACGAUUUGAAGAAACAAGGUCUCAUAUAA